UGAGCUAAUCAUAGUAGAACAUCAUUCUAGUGCUAGCAUUCUAGGGGUUAUAGGCGUUGAAAGUGAGACUUACGUAGCAGACGAAAUGAGACUUUUAAUUUCAAUUGUGUCCUUUGCUUUGGUUGGAGCUGCUUUGUCAGUUCCACAACAAGCGAAUCUUGAAGACAUAGGAAAAAUUCGAAAUGGUGAAACAUACGCUCUAGAGUGUUUACUAGCCAGUGGCUUGGAUGUUAGUUCUCUGAAAUCUCUACAAACCGGUGAUUUUUCAAACGGCGACCGAGUCAAGUGUCUGGUGAAAUGCUUUUUCGAGAAAACCGGUUUCAUGGAUGCUGAAGGAAAUCUCAACGAAGAAGCGAUCGUCACGCAACUGAGUCAGUUUAUGCCCAAAGAUCAAGUCGAGACACUGGUGAAGAACUGCAAAAUUGAGGGAACGGAUGCAUGUGAUAUGGCCUACCAAGCAACAGAGUGCUACUUCAAAAACAAAGCUGGUUUGUUCUAACCGGAUGGAAAAUAACUCUCCCAGGAUCUGAAUUGUGGAUUCAUAGAUGGAAUUGAAUCGAAUCCACUAUUGACUGAGUUCAGUGAUUACCUAGAUACAUCAUUAGUGUACAGCUGAGCUUUCAGCGAACGUGUAAAUAAAAUGUUCUGUUGUAUGUAAUA